CUCACCCUCACCCUCACCCUCACCCUCACCCUCACCCCCACCCUCACACACUCUUCUUCGCUUCUUCCCUUCACUCGUGCCCGGCUGCAUUCGACAGACCCCUCGUGUCAUUCUUUCGCGACCGUCUGUCCUUCAUUCUCUUCUUCACAAGGUCUUUGACAGACCACACACUCUUUUUCCAAAGCUCGCGCACGCCGCAUCACACACGGUUCAUCGAAACCCAUACCUUCAUUUUCAACGAUCGCCAAGAACAACACCAUGAAGCUCUCGCUCCUUAGCACACUCGCUCUGACGGGCGCUGCGCUGGCCGCGCCGGCACCGCACGCAAAGUCACUGGUCAAGCGAUCAUUCAAGGCACCAGCGCCAGGUCGCACCGUCAAGAACCCACUUGACGACAUCAAUCGCACUCGCCGCAAGUGGGGUUGGUCCAUCAUCGUGGUUGAGAAUCAAUCGAGCUAUCAGUCCGACGACACCCUUUCAAGCUCCGCCGCUGCUCCGGUCGUGGUGACCACCACCUACACUGUAGCACCUAGCGGCGCUCCCUUAUCCACUGGCUCUCCAACCGCUGCCAAUGGCACCAACGGCACCACUCCUACCUAUGGUACCACCACAUCAACCACUGCCUACCCAUCGCCUUCUCCUAGCGGUGGCAACGAAGACGGCGAAGCUGUCACCACCCCAGAGGAGAACGAGAGCCAGUAUUUGACCCCUGUGCACGUUGGUGGCCAGCUCAUGAACCUCAACUUCGAUACUGGCUCAGCAGAUCUCUGGCUCUUCUCCACCAAGCUUCCCAGCUCCCAAAUCCAAGGUCAAUCCGUCUUCAAUCCUGGGAAGAGUUCCACUUUCCAGGAGUACAAGGGCGCUAGCUGGAACAUCACUUACGGAGAUGGCAGUGGCGCUAGUGGCAUAGUCGGAUUCGACGUCGUCGAUAUUGGCGGCUCUACAGUCCAGAAGCAAUGUGUUGAGCUGGCAUCGUACGUCUCGCAAGCCAUGGUGUCCGACCCCAACAGUGAUGGUCUUCUGGGACUUGCCUUCUCCAACAUCAAUACUGUCGAGCCUAUGCAGCAGAAGACCUUCUUCGAGAACGUCAUGGACGACCUGUCCUCGCCCCUCUUUACAGCAGAUCUCGAAGAGACGAACGGCAGGGGUACAUAUGAGUUUGGCAAGAUCGAUCAAUCGAAGUACAGCGGCCACAUUCAUUACACCCCCGUUGACAACUCCGAUGGUUUUUGGUCUCUCUCCAUCCCAAGCUACAAGAUUGGCAACAACUCGUCAUCAUCCAUCAAGUGCCAGGAGUGCUACCCCGUCAUCGCCGACACCGGUACCUCGCUUCUCUACCUCGAGGAGUCUAUCGUGAGGGCCUACUACAACCAGAUCGAAGGCGUCGACCAGGAAGACGGUCUGAUCGCGGCUCCUUGCGACACAGCCAUGCCGGAUCUUGGCAUCCAGAUCGGCGACCAUUGGUACGCGACGAUCAAGGGCGGCGACAUGUUUUACAUGCAGUCCCCUUACGCAGGUCGCGAACACAUGUGCUGGGGAGGUCUCCAGCCUAGUGAAGCUCCCAACAUAGCCAUCUUAGGCGAUGUGUUCUUGAAGCAGUUCUUCGCCGUCUUCGACGGUGGCAACAUGCGUUUUGGCGUCGCCGAGAAGGACUGAGGGCACAGAACAAGAACAAGGAUACCCACAUUCACAGCAUCAAUGCUCUCCUUCUUGAUGAAGUGAGCAUGUACAUAGAUACGACGUAAUGGCUCAUCAAACCUCGCCAGCUGCGAGGAACGUAUGACUGAACGGCAUUAGCGGCAUUGGGAAGGUGCGAUUGAGAAUUGAAAUUCAAUCCCAGGAUAUUUUUC